GAAGAAUAAUUUAAUAUAAAUUUAAUGAAUUAAUUUAUUUACAUAAUUAUAAAUCUUCUUUUAGUUUAAAAUUGUCUUUGUUUUUCUGUACUUAUCUCCCAGUACUACCCACCAUUUAGUGGUACUUUUUUUUCAUUUUCACUCUCCUUUGAUUUUAGGUAAUUUAUAAGUUUUUCAAAAUUUUAAGUUGUUUUAUAUUUAAUACAGAUUACUUGGAAAUUGUAAAUUUUUUGAUAAAUUUGCAAAUUGUUAGUAAAUCUGCAAAUAAUUUAAAUAUUCUGGGUACAUUUUGAUUCUACUCAUUUUAAUCGGAAUUAACUUGAAAGCUCCUUAGACAAUCUUGAAUUUUUUAACUAGAUUUGGAUUCGUUAACAAGAUACUAAGUCUUUCUAACUGGAGUUGGAUUUUUGGGAUCGUUUUUUAUCAAAUCGGCUGAUCUGAUUUUUUGAAUUACAUCCCAUGGCAGAAAACGACGAUGGAAGAGUUUAUAGGAUCUAUUCCGAUGGAGUGUUUGAUAUGUUACAUCUUGGACAGAUGCGCCAUCUUGAGCAGGCGAAGAAGAUGUUUAAGAACGUGUAUUUGAUCGCAGGGGUGACUGAGGACGAUGAAACUGUCCGUUACAAGAGUCACAUAGUCAACACGAUGGUGGAGCGUGCAGAGAUGUUGAGGCAUAUCAAAUGGGUUGACGAAGUAAUUGCUCCCUGUCCUUGGAUUAUCACACCUGAUUUCUUUCAUAAGAAUAAACUUGACUUCGUCGCCCAUGACGAUAUUCCCUACAGCGCUGUUCAGAAAGUUUCUGAAAACAAAACUAAACACUGUGAAGAUAUUUAUAAAUGGCUCAAAGAUGAGGGUAAAUUUAAGGCAACUUAUCGUACUGAAGGCAUUAGCACAACUGAAUGUAUUAUCAAAAUACUUCAGAAUUACGAAGAUUUCAUCGACAAGUUUUUGAAGAAUGGUUUGAAGCCUUCUGACCUUAACAUUCCCAUUACCACUGGAAAGUCCAUUCUCCUAAAGAAAACCAUACUCGCACUCGUUGACAAACUAUCCACUCAAAUCACUCAACUCACACUCACCGAUGAACCUCUCGGUGCUGGGUUUAAUGAUCGUAUUGACUUGGUGCGAUCAAGUUUAUUUAAGGCAAUAGCAAUUUGGCUGAAUAAGCAUAAGAUAGUUUUAGAGGAUUUUAAGGAAAUUCCAUAUGUGGAUCCUGCUGAGACUGUCUACAGCAAGUCAGUUACUAUGGAACCAGUUGAGUCGAUUCCAAAGCUCAACUUGCCAUCCGGUAACUUGAAAGACGAUGAGGAAGUUGUGGUGUACACUUAUGGUGUCUUCGACCUUUUGCACUAUGGACACGCCAGGCACUUUGAAUAUGUUAAGAAGAUGUUCGCCCGUGUUAAGUUAAUUGUUGGGGUUUUGAGUGAUGAGGAUACUGUCACAUGCAAGGGCAGGCUCAUACAGCCGCUGCACAUAAGAGCUGCAACCCUCGAACACAUUAAGUGGGUUGACGAAAUCGUAUCGCCUUGCCCUCUUGAACUUACUCAAGAGUUAAUCGAGAAGUACAGGGUAGAUUAUGUUUGUCACAACGAUGACCCGAUGAUCAAUACUGAGAGUCCUUUGUGGUGCAGCUUGAAGAACCUUGAGAGAGUGAUCUACGUUCCUAAAACCGUCUCGAUGUGUACCACAUCGCUCAUGUUGAACAUUCUCAAGAAUUAUGAUUUAUAUUUACUGCGUUCGCUUGAUCGCGGCGUUUGCAGACGUGAGCUGAAGCUUGGGUAUGCCAAGGAAAGGUCACUCAAGGUCAAGUAUUCCAUUAAAAACUUUCAAAAGAAGUUAAAUGAUGAAAUCAUACAAUUAACACUAAUGGACAAACAUAUUGGUCAUAAGUUUGAUAAGAAUGUGAAUGUUAUGGUGACUAAAAUGCAGAAUGCCUUUGAUGCCUGGAGAAGGGACUAUAUUAACUUCAUCUCGGAAUUUGUAAAUUACUAUCGAGGAUUUAGACAAAAAAUGAUCAAAUCCGCUUAAUACCCACACUGUUUUUAUUUCACUAAUUUACUAUACCUUAA